UCGGUUUCCACCCGGAACAUUAAAGCGCCGUACGCGGUCAUCAUGUGUUUUAGCUUCUUUGAUAAAUAUUAUGAUUAGGGAUAUUCCUCGAAUUGUGGUUGAAAUAAAAGACCUUCCAUCAUGCUGUGUGCUUCCACUACAGUCAUGCGGAGAUGCUUUCUGAACACUUUACAAUACAAACGCUGCAGAUAUUCACUUAAAUGGCUGCUGGGAAACCUAGUCCAAAGAACGUGGACGUCCUCUGGUCCCCGAACAUCCAGAUCACGAGAAAGAGUCACCCCGGUUUUUACCAAAGCCUUGGCUUUUGGAGAUAAAGUGGCUAUUAUAGAUGAGAGCCGGAGUCACAGCUAUAGCUGUCUUUACCAGAGCAGCAGAGGCCUAGCAGCACAGAUACGCCAAGCACUAUCCUGCCACUCGGGAGAUCUACACGGCAAGCGCAUUUCUUUUCUGUGCGCCAACGAUGCGUCUUACACCGUGGCUCAGUGGGCGACGUGGAUGUGCGGCGGGACGGCCGUGCCACUCUACAGGAAGCACCCGGUGUCAGAGAUGGAGUAUGUCAUCUCAGACUCUCAGAGUUCACUGGUGCUCGCUGGUGAGAGUUACGCUGUCAUGCUGGAGCCUCUAGCACAGAAACUCGGGCUGCCAUGUCUGCAUCUCCCUCCUACUGCCAACCUGGACACUCUGCAGACAACAGAGCCAUUCUGCCCAUCGGAGGAGGUGAUCUCUGAUUGGGCAAAGAGACCAGCCAUGAUAGUUUACACCAGCGGAACGACAGGAAGACCAAAAGGAGUCCUCCACACACACAGCAGCCUGCAGGCGAUGGUCCAGGCCCUGGUGAGUGAAUGGGCUUGGAGCAGAGAUGAUGUGAUUCUGCACACACUGCCCCUCCAUCAUGUGCAUGGCAUUGUCAAUAAGCUGAUGUGCCCGCUGUGGGUUGGGGCCACCUGCAUCAUGCUGCCCGACUUCAGCCCUCAGAAGGUAUGGGAGCGAUUGCUGAGUUCCCAGUCUCCAAUGGUGACAGUGUUCAUGGCUGUUCCCACCAUCUACUCUAAACUAAUCCAACACUACAACCAGCAUUUCACACACCCACAUGUAUGGGACUUCAUCAGGGCUGUGUGUAAACAGAGGAUCCGCUUGAUGGUGUCGGGUUCAGCUGCACUCCCCCAACCGGUUCUGGAGCGUUGGAAAGAGAUCACAGGUCAUGUACUUCUGGAGCGUUACGGUAUGACCGAGAUCGGCAUGGCGCUGUCCAACCCGCUGAACGGACUGCGAGUCCCUGGUGCAGUCGGAGUUCCACUCCCGGGUGUUGAAGUGCGAAUCGUCAUGACAAACACAAGCAACACCACUAUCGCCGAGGGCAACAGCAAGCACACACGGGUAAAACCUGGGCUGGAGGGGCGGGAGGGUGAGCUCCAGGUUCGAGGCUCAUCUGUUUUUCAGGAAUACUGGAAUAAACCACAGGAGACCAGAGACAGCUUUACAGAAGAUGGCUGGUUUAAAACUGGAGACACUGCGAUGUAUAAAGAUGGUGUCUUCUGGAUCAUGGGACGAACUUCUGUAGACAUAAUAAAGAGCGGCGGUUACAAGAUCAGCGCUCUGGAUGUGGAGCGCCAUCUGCUGGCUCACCCUGACAUCUCAGAUGUGGCUGUAAUCGGGGCACGGGACUCCACAUGGGGGCAGAAGGUUGUAGCUAUUGUGCAGAUGAAGAAUGGGAAGACUCUCUGUCUUUCUGAGCUGAAGGCCUGGGCCAGAAAGCACAUGGCCCCGUACACCAUCCCCACCGGUCUGAUUGUGGUGGAGGAGAUACCUAGGAACCAGAUGGGUAAAGUGAACAAGAAAGACCUGCUGCGGCAGUUCUUCCCGCACUGACAGGCUCCUCUGCUGACCUGGGGUCAGUGCUGCUGGUUCAGAGCUGAUCCAGGAUCAGCUCAGAAAAAGGAACACCAGCAGACUUAGACUUUUCUUUGCAUUCGAGUUAAGCAGCACCGUCAGCUCCUGUAAGGAAAGAAUUUCUGUACGUAUCUGACUGAUUCGUUUCUCUCUAGGCCAGGUUACUUUACAAUAAUUAGUACAGUAAUUAUUAUUAAUUAUUAGUACACUUAAUUAUUAUUAAGGGGAAGUAUUAAUAAUUUGUCUAUUUGAAUGUACAAGAUUUGCAUCUUUUAACCAGAAAAUAAAUUGCAUAAUAAUGCUUGUUGCCUAGCAGUAUUAACCGGCCAGGUGACUACAUUCAGGCGACUCAUUCAGAUAGGGGUGUGUGUGUAUGUGUGUAAGAGAGAUGCAGCUGUUGUGAUAAAUUUAUAAAUUUUAUAAAUUUUCAUUAAUAAUUAUUAGUGAUAUUGUCUAUUGAGGUGCUGAUCUAUUUAACACUUAAAUUAUUUACCAAUGGGUUCAGAUACAGUAUCUUCCAGGCCAUAUCAUAGACACAAUUUGGGCCAGUAGCAUAAAGAACAAUGCCGUAUUUGGCUUCAUGAGCAUCUGAAGUGACCCACGCCUUCCCAGAAGGCUUUGCAUUAAGGGAGGUUGUACAACCCUGGUAAUCUUGGAGUGAAAAGAAAAAUAAAGUAAAUAAGAAAAAGGAAAUAUGUAUUUUUAUAUGUAUGUACUGUAUCUCAAAUAAAGAAAAAAACAGGUUUUAAUGAAUUAAACAGUUAUGUUAAGGUUUAGUUAAAAUGCAAAUACAGAAAAUAUAGAAAUGGUAAGAUUUUUCAAAUCUUUUCAUUUAUUAUAAUAAGCUAUGA